GGAUUUUUUGGUGCCUCUGCCAACGGCGGACAGGUCCCUCGUGAAGUUCCUGCAGGAGACGUCGCUGAGCGACGGCGUUGCGGCCAAGGUGGCGGCCUACGCACAGUGGGGAGACAUGCGGUUGUCCCAGCAAAUUCGCCAAGAGCUGGAUGCCUUGUACGAUGACAACACGCAUCAGGCGCUUCACGAUGGAAAGACUAUAGGAGAGCGCUUUGGGGACAACAAAGAGUUCGAAGAAGAAGAGAAACGCUUAAGAGCAGAGAAAAUCAAACUUGCGCCGGUCCCGAAGCAACGAACCAAGCAGAUACAGAUGUCUCCAGCUGAGGCGAUGGCGCAGCUGCGUGGGGAAUUGGAAGAAGGGGACGAGGGUGGUGACUCACCGAUCAAUGCAGCACCGACAAGCGAGGAAGGGGGAACGGGCUCCGAAGGCAUGUCGCAAGCGAUGCUGAAGCGGCUAGGCGGCGAGUACAGCGCUGCUGUGGGGCAAAGCCCGGAAGAGGUCGCCAGGCUACUGCAGGAAUCACAGGACCUUGCACAGCGUGUAGAGCAGGAGCGUUUGCGCAAGGAAGCACACGAAAACUUGGAGCGGAAUCGUGAGGGACGUCACUUCUUCCCGCAUUUUAAGGAAGUGAAAAAUUCAGACCGAAUUAAGUUUACACGCAAGCAGCAGAGUUUGCCGCAAAUUAUGGCCUUGGGGGAUGCGAGAAAAAUACGCAAGUUUCAGUUCGGACAGCACAAAAUGCACUGCGUUCUCCCGCGGAAGGAAGAGAGUGCGAUCAAGUACCUGGAUCGCAAGAUCCGAAACCACAUGGCGCUCGAGAAGCGGGCGGCGCGAGCACGUCACGAAGGCCCGAAUAGCGACGCCGGUGACUUUUCUAUCGCCAGUGAGGUGAGCUUUUCCGCUAUGAAUCCUCUGAUUCGCUCUACCGGUGGAGGUACUGCGGGAGGUUCAGACAAUUUGAACUUGAGUUUGUCAAUACUAUCAGGGUCUGGUGCUGAUCAUGGAGUUAACAUGCCAGUGAGUCCGUCUCACACUGCGCCACCCGGUGCGGGGGGCCCGCCUUCCAUGCCCGCGUCUCCCUUCGAAGCGACCGGCGGUAGCAUGUUCGGCAAGACAACCAUGAGUUUACCAGCCGAUCCGCGUCUCGGCCGUGGGCCACCGGAGUGGGGUCAGCAGGACUACCAAGCGGACUGGUCAAAGCAAACUGCUGGUCAGCCGGGCCAACUCCAAGAUCUCUACCAGAACGCGCACUUUGAGGAUGCGGCACUGUCUCCACGCGCACAGAUGUUCAAAAACAAUGCUCUGCUGAAAAGCCUAAGCUUCGAUCCACUUCCAGCACCACAGGGUCGUUCUCGACCACCGCCCAACGAAGUCUUGCUUUCGUCUCCAAAUAGAGGAAGCAACAACGGCGCAAAUCAGAUGAACAACGGGUCAAAAAAUUCUUUUAUUGAAGUCGUGGACCAAGCCAUGAUCAUCGAAGAGAAUUUCAAGACGAGAAAGUCUGCAAGGGAGGAUUUGCUUGGGCCCAGCAGAACGGGCGAGUUGCUUAGCGGACGACUGUCGGAGCCGAACAGUACACUCCCACACGGUCUGGCGAAGCCCGGCGAAACAAGCGGAUAUGACAUGGUGCAGCGCAUUGCGAAGGAGGCGACCGAGGCUGCACGACUCAAUAUGAACGCAGCGGGCAAGACUGAAGGCUCGCUCGGGCUCUCGACUUCCCACACUGUCGGCAACGGCCCUUUGAGUAUGGCCGCGAAGCUUGAGAAAGCUAAGCGUGAGGAACGGCUAGCGAAGCAGAGAAGUGAGCAAAUCGACGAGCAUUGUCGAGAAUUGCUCACGGCAAUAGCACCAGAACUAGUCAGGUCCAAAGAAGGGCAGAGAAUCAACAGUCUGUUCCACAAUCCAGUGAAUAAUAUCCCCCAGAUGGAGAAGUACGUAGCAGCGGUGGCAAGUGGAUUGCUAGACUUGGACACUUUGCGGCAUCUGCCUGGAGGCUACUGGUCUAGUGAGAACUUGCACACAGAUAUGGUCGGGUUUACCCACAAGCGCGCCUUGUUGACUAUGGAAGACGUGCAGCGGCAUCUAGAAGGCUACAUUGGGACGAGGGCUGCAGAGGACCACCGCGAAGCUACCUUGCUUUACGGAAAGCGCAACGUGGUGCUGAACACGAAAAAGAAGGUGAUGGAUCUCCUUCUAGGACUCGGGAAGACAGAACCGAUUACGGCGGAAUCUAUAGCGCGAAAGGCUAAGAAGCCAAAUCGCGCAGGAGCAAACGGCGGAGCAGACACCGAGGGAGACGAGGCAGACAUGAAAUCAAUGCGCGAUGCAGCCCUAGAAGACUUGCGGGAUGUCACCGAAAAGGAAGCAGCAGAAUACCUGAAAACGCGGCAAGUGAAAGGCGUGUCAGAAUACCGCACGGACAAAGAGGAGAGGUUACGACGACACUUUGAUCGCACACUAGGGGCUCCGCGAGUCACGGGGGGAGAAAAAUUGCUCCGCGAAAAGCCGAGCAAGUCACGGGUAGAAGUCCUCAGUAAUCUUUCGGCGCAAGCGGACAAACUCCCGCUUGUGGUGCAGCCUGCGAAGACUUUCAAGCCCCCAGGCGGUCGGACGGACGAAAUGACGAAGAGCAGGAUGAAUCCUCGAGGAACGACUUUGUAUGCCGAAGUCUGCGAGAUGUCGCAUCUGGUGCCUCGCUUAGACCAAGUCGCGUUCCCGGACCCAACCGUAUUUGAUAUUAGCGGCACGUACGCCACAGACAUAGACCUGCUGUCGCUUUCCUUCCUGUUGUCGAAACGUGCUCUGAGGGUGUUGAAUAUUUCGGAUAACACCGAGCUGGACGACGAAGCGAUCGUGGAAUUCUUGGACCGAGUUUUGUCUCUCGAGUCCCCGUCGGUGCCUACGUUGCGAACCAUCAAUGUCGCUGGGUGCACACAACUCGGAGACUAUAGUUUGACCAGUUUCGUGAAUCUGAUGCCCUCGCUGCGCAAUCUAAAGGAAGUAAACUUUUCGAGGCUGCGGGAGGUAGCGGCAGGCACGCUGUUGCGUUUGUCGGAGCGCAUGGGUGAGAUGGUGCUCACCAGAGUCGAACUCGCGGACAUCGAGAUGCCUAGCAGUCUAGCAAGCCGCGUCCUGGGGAACAUCUUAGAAAAUGGGUAUCUAGUCGAGCUGGAUGUGAGCUGGAAUGCCUUCGGCGAAGAAAUUUUCUGGGAUUUGCGCCAAAUGCUCACGACGCAUAAAAACUUACGCGCCUUGCGAAUAGCGAAUUGCGCGGAGGUGGUCACAAAGCGGGAUGACAAUCCGAUCAACAUCUUUCUAGAGGGCAUUCGGGAUUUUCCAAUCUUGAGGUCCCUAGAUCUGUCGUUGAAUCGCUGCAAUAUGAAGAGUUGUGCGGUCGUGGAGGCAGCCUUGUACGUGAAUACAGCCUUAGAGCACAUCGACAUGAACAAAAAUCCCAUCGGUGCGGAGGGUUGCCGGAGUCUCUUCCGUGCUUUUGCGAAGCAUUCGAAGUUGACGCAUCUAGGCGUGAGUCUGAUGCACGCCGCGGCGCCCAUGCUGGGUGGAGAGCAGGAGCCCGCAGGGAACGACGAAGCCGGUGGCGGAGGUGGUGCUACGAACAACAACGACCCAAUGGGAGGAACGCCUGAUGGCAAGGCAGAGAAAAAUCCCUGGGACUUGCCGAGCCGCUCCAUCGUGAAUCCAAAGCUUAGUCAGAAGUACGGCGUAAACUACAGCCUCUACUCCUUCCUCUCGUCCAAUCCUCAGAGGAAAUACACGCUGAAUCUUUCAGACGUAGGCGAGCGCGCGAUUUUUUACUUGCUGUUGCGCGUCCGGGAUCGCGUUCCCGGGUGUGCGUUCGUCGGCCUCGACGACUCGUACUUUCAGUCCGUCUGUGAGUAUUCGGACAACCGCUGGACCAUCAACCUUCCCGACGCAAACACACCGGAGGGCCGGAAGUUCAACUAUGUGAUCAGUUUCCAGUUCAACGUAAAGCCGAGUGAGACGGCGACGGAGACCAAGUCUAAGAGUAACAUUUGGCGCUACUGCCAGCGCCAGGAGGCGUUGGCGCAGAAUCCUGAUGCCGAACCGCCAGCCGAUCCCGUGGUUGGAAUGCUCGCUAGCUUUAACACCUGCGCUAAGACGGUGUUCCCACGUGAAAAAGAGGUGUUUCUGGGCAACAUCUGGCUGAAUCUAAAACAUUUAGAUGCCGACCUGCAUGUUUUCUUACAUGCCUUGAGCUUUGAUUUUGAUUUAAGCCACGAGCUAGUUUGUUUCCUCAUUGCGCGCAUGCCGCACAUGAGGCAUCAGAUCCUGUACCAGCUUUUUGGAUCCUUGAAAGGCGGCAAGGCGGCGCAAAGACUCCUCUUCCUCUUCGAGGCACCCAAGGACAGUGACUUGGCGAAAAUCUACGUGUACGCGAUGAAGCUGAUGAAUUUUGUGCCCGAGAAUUGCUCUGGACGGUACCAUCUAAAGCUAGACUCCCUCUGUGACUGGUCUGUGGCGGACAGCGUCAUGAAGAUCGACCAGUGGGAGUGGAACUUGAUCUACUCCAACGCUCGCGAUUGCAAGUUUGGCCCACCCAAGUACGUCAUUUCGCAGCACGGCAACAAGAGCAACUUCCGUAACGAACAGCUGAACGGCACGUACUUCGAGAUGCACCCAAGCUUCCAGCUCCCUUUGUCCAGUUGCAGCAUGGUCUUCGACUACUUCUCACCUCGACGCCCGCCUGUGAAUGCGCAACCCCUUGACGACACGAAAGUAGAGCUGAUUUUACGGGCCCUUACCGUAUCAAAUUGCAGUCUCCGCGAUUGCCGGGACACCUUACUCCAGCUCUCGCCGCAAAUCUACCUCACGUGUCGCCAAUUGCGGCGCGCACUCAAUUUGUUUCAGACCGGAUCGCAGGGCGUCAUGCUUGACGUGAUUGUCAUGUUCAUCAAUCGCACGGUCGACUGGUACGUCAACGAGAAAAUCGUGCGGUCAGCGGUCUCAGCAAAAGUGUGGAAGGAAGAACUGAACAAACGAGUAGGAUCCUACGCCUUGAUGCCGUGGGUGCAGCCAGAAAACUGGACAUUCGACAUGGACUUCCGCUACCACGAGGACCGUCUCGUUCUCUUCGCGUUGCUCAGCUUUGAGGGUACAAUAACUUGUUUUAGUACUACUAGCUCUUGUCAGUAGUUACUGCAUUUUUGUCUCGACUACAAAUAUCAGGUAUAGUGUCGAAAUGAUUUCAUCUGUUUUUCAUGACAAAUCUGUACAUUGAAAUAGAUCCCACUGCUUCAUCCAAAACAAAGAGAAAACCACCCAGUCAGUAUCUUCAAGUACUGAACUACCGCUCUCUUAUUUCGAGGUUUCCAUGUUAUAAUGUUCGACAUCAUCUGAAGUCUCACCCUCCUCCUACACAAUAUUACCAGAUAACGAAGAAGGACAAAACAUCUUGGAUGUCACAUGGGACAAAGACCACGAUGGACAACCAGAUCUUUUAGUGUCUGGAAUUCCCAGAUUGUGGUUGGACGAAACACCAAAGGCAGGCCACCUUCAGUUGACAUAUAGCUGUGCUCCGGAAUACGUGCAAUUACCAUUCAGGUAUUUUUCUGCUCGGCAGGAUUUUAAUUUGAAUUAAAUGCGAUAAAAUCAAAAAUUUACGAAUUCAGAUCAUAUUUGGUUUUGAGGUUGAGAAAUUACAAGAAGCACAUGAAUGGAAGUCGCUUCAAAAACCAAAUGAAAUUUGAGAUAAAUAUGAUGGAUUUGCGUGUGUGUGUAUAUCUAUUUGUGUCAAAGUUUAAACACAUUUCUGUGAACUAAUUCGUUUGAGCUCAUCUGGAUUGAAUUUUAAUGAAAAUAGAAUAAAGUCAAAAUUUUAAUAGCAAUUGGUGAUUUCGCAACGUUCACUUUCGUGAAUCUCUAGAGCUUUCAGAAUUGUGGGAUCCUUUUUGAUAUUCGUAAAAGUCCUACCUUCAUUUAAAUGAACCUAUGUAUAACGAAAGAGGCAGAAAGUUUCAAGGAAUCAUCGUCCUCCACCAGGUUGAAGCAUGUAGCACGUGAGGGGCUCUGGAACAUCAAUGAGGAUGAUGUUGAGAAGGAUAAGGAGCAGCUCGAGUGGUGGAUGUCGAUCGAGGAAACACCAGAUUGCAUGCUGGAUUUCGCCAUUAUGGCCAUGCAUAAAUUCAGCAAUCUCAAGAUGGCAUUCAAAUUUUGUGACCGGUAUAAGCGCGGCCGCAUCAACCUGCAGGACAUGAAGGCCCAAUUUACGAAGAGUGGGGCGAAUACGCGUGCCUUGAACGCUUUGACCGAUUGCUUUCGGUUUUUAGACCGCGGCGGCGAGGGUACAGUCAGCUGGGAUGAAUUUCGCGUGGUGCAGUACUUGUGGAGCGAAAUGUUCUUAGGCUUAGAGGAAUUCAUAUAUCAUUUGCGAUUUAAGAUGGCGGUAGAGCAGCGUGCAUUGUUGACAGGGUACUCGGACCCUAGGAGAAGAAAAAAAGUAGACGCCAGAGAGGUCCUCCGGGGAGUCAAGAGUUUAACGGCGUUGCCAGGCCAGUCGUCAGAGGAAGCGGGCAGUAGCAUGAAUACCUUCGACAUCGCACCAGGCGAGGGUGGUGAGCAAGGCCAAGGAGGAGGCGCCAGUGGCAGUGGCCCCACAUCAAAGCAAGCGAAAGCGGCCAAAAAAAAACGGAGGCGGAAGGGUGAGACCAACGAAGAAAAGCAGAUGAAGAUGCGGAACGAACUGAAAAAUCUACGCGAGCGUCAGCAGCCCCAACCAGUCGUAGCCUUUAUGGACCACGAUUUCGAGCUUCUAUCCUUGUCUCAAGUCUGGGACCUCCUGGAUGUCGACGGCGGAGGGUCCAUCUCCUUCGAAGAGUUCCUCGAGGGCGUGUCCAAGUACGAGUACCGGAGGCAAAACGUCGGUAUCCUGUACAAUUUCCUCGAUGUCGACGGACGCGGGGAAAUCGAGCGCCAUGCGUGGAUGGAUGGACUCGAAAGCAUGAUGCGCAAGAUGCACGCUGGCGCACAAACUGCUGCCGAGAAGAACCGCAUGGACAAGAUGUUGCAGUCGAAGAAGAACGAAGACGCCGAUCUCUCCCAAACACUGACCCGUACCAUCGGCGCUAGAUCUAAGGCCGCUCCCCUAGCAGCCCGUUCUGGAGAUGUUGAAGCCGAAGACGAUAAUGGGAUAGGACGAGCAGGAAGUAGCACAAUUAGCAGGCCAUCAAAAGCUGCAAAAGCAGCUACUGAAGGAGAUGCGGGAGGACGACAAGUAACACGACAAUGUUCUCAGCAGAAUGCUCCACAAGCGGAUGAUAUUGAUGAGGAGGCUGAAGAGGAGGAAGAAUACGAUGAGGAAGACGACGUAGAACCUUGAGGUUCUUAUGUCUCUUGUUCGAAUCGUUUUUUUUUACGAGUUGUAUGUCAGGUAUCGCUAUCGGUUCCUCCCUCCUCACCUCUUUCCUCUGCUCCCCUCAUCCAAACCUUAUGUACAAUAGGGCUUUUUGGACGUGUUUACUAUUUGUUAUCUGUAUUUCUACUUCUCUUCUCUUUUCUUCCUUUGGUCUUAUUACGCCUCUGCUUUUUUGCCAAUAUGACCUUUCCCCGUCUGCAGCAGCUGAUUGGAAUAAUAGAGUAUUCUGAAUCAAGUCCUACAUUUUGCGAGUAAGUGCUAAACCUUCGAAAUUGAAUAUACCUAAAGAUACCAAGCAAGGGGGAAGUGGAACACCUACACCCAUUCAUGCAAACGUUAAUUGUAUAAGUGGUACAUGGAGGACGGCCACAACUGAACAGCAUGCUACUAUCUAAACAAUCAAGCACGUCCACGGCAUCUAUAGUCAAGCAUCCGAAAUUAGAAUCAUGCCAUCAUAAUGUUCAUUUGGAGGGAAGACUUGUGAUCAUAAUACCAAUGUACUAAGCAAUUUGCCAAAUUGUAAGUAAUUAUUCUACACAUAUUUUGGGUUUGGCAGUACCAUCCUACGAAAAUCUUCAUCUACAUGUACAACCGACAGAAUGAUCACAUGCCACGACCAAUUGCCAUAUCUACUUUCUUGGUUUAUGGUGCAAGCACGGCUAAUAUCAUGCAACUGUAAUCUAGCUGAAGACUUCGUAGAAAAAAAGGUCAUGUUGCAUUUGUAAUCUGACGACAUUUACUCUUCAUGAUAUAUAAUUGAGGCACAUUCAUACAUUUACACAUUACAGUACCUUUCACCAGCCACGACACGUACCCCGAAUCAAUGAUGAGAGAGCAUAAGAAAUGCACAGCAUUCACAUUCUUCGCUUGGAACAGAAAGAUGAGACUGCAAGUUGCAAGAAGCACGAGAUGACGAUGAACGAGAUUCAUCGACACCAGGAGGAUUCGACUCAUGGCAGUCAAGAAUAAAUGUACCAAAUUCCC